AUGGACAGCAACACCAUAACUUCCCAUCAAACCUGCUUGCUCUAUUCAUCCCCUCCCUCACUCAAUCUCCAUUCUCUCAGUUUCUCUUCUAUUCAUCUCCAUCUCUCCUUCCACUUGUGUGGUCUGACAGAACUGGCUAACUCCCAAGAAUCUAGUCUGGAGUCAGAAACAGAUUUUAACAUAAGGGUCGUACGCGCCCUAUAUGAAGCCCUGAGUAUUCGAGACGUUGAAACUGUUCAGCGAUUGCUUGAUUCAGACAUUGAAUGGUGGUUUCAUGGCCCGCCUUCUCACCAGUAUAUGAUGCGAUUGUUAACUGGUGUUGAUCAAAACGUUAAAUUCCAAUUCGUUCCUCUUUCGAUUGCUUCUCUUGGUUCCACAGUUCUAGUUGAAGGUUGUGAUCAGAAUCGUCAAAUCUUCUGGGUUCAUGCUUGGACGGUUUCUGAUCAUGGGAUAAUUACUCAGGUUAGGGAGUACUUUAAUACAUCCCUUACCGUAACUCGUUUCGGUAACUCAAAUCAAUCUACACCGUCCACUUCACCAUCAUCAUCACCGUCCACUUCUCGAUCAUCAUCACCAUCAUCCUCGUUUCACUGUUUGCCUCUUUGGCAGAGUACGCUUUCCAAUAGUGCUGGAAAGUCCAUGCCUGGUUUCGUUCUGGCCAUUUAAGUUCCGGGGUGUUUUAGUAUUUUUAGCAAUAAAAGAGUAGAUCUGUUGCAGGUGCAGCCUUAGAUUUCUAUGUGCUGUAGUACCGGAUUAUUACUCGUUUGUGGGUGCGUUUAGUAUUUCGUUGCUUACCCUUUUGUUUGGUGUGUGCGUGUGAUUUGAGUGGAAAGAUGACAAGUUGUUUGUUGUCCUUAGCGCCUUUUGAUAUUUCUAUGUUAUGGUGUUGCAGUUCUAUAAUAAAAACUUGUCUCCUAGUUUGUUUUAAACGUGUAUUUUGUUCUUUGAUUUC